GUUUUUCUUUGAACACGGUGAAGACUUUAGCUUGGAACUUGCAUUUGUGGAGCUCCCAGCCUGCAGGAAUCAGCUCUCCCCUCCUGCGGGAGAUUCGCUGGGGUGAACGCGAAUUCGCUGCCCUAUGCUUCAGGGAGGCAGGUUUGGGGAGCACGGAGGGAAGGAGGCAUGUGGCAAUCUUUGGCUGCUUUCCUCUCCCCUGUGCCCCCUUUGCCUUUUUUCUCUCUCUCUUACUGCUGGUUUGGGGGCUCGUGCUAAUGAUGCUGGCGCCAGGAGGAAUCCGUGAGUGAGCUAUCCCUCGGCUACGCAAAUUGGCUUCCUACUUGCUCGCAGCCUCGAGGAAGUUUCCCGUCCAUCUGAGGCGUUGUGAGAAGAAAGGAGGGGGACUGGAGCCCGCUGGCCCAUGGCGCUGACCCCUGGCAUGUGAGCGGUGGGCAGGGGGACGGCAAUCUUUCCUCUUGCCUUCCCCAGAGAUUUGGGAUUGCACGUAGACCAUGAAUGGGACCUUUUUCAACCAGACUCUCCUAGAGCAGGGAGCUUACCUGAACAGGACCCAGGGCUUGGGGAUGCUGAUGGCCUGCUGCAACGGGACUGGCUCGGUGCUGGCGACCGACGGGGGCUCCUCUGUCCUUGUGCCUGACGAGAGGAGCCUCUAUAUCACACGGGUGGUGCAAAUCGCUGUCCUCUGCGUCCUCUCCUUGACUGUGAUGUUUGGCAUCUUCUUUCUGGGCUGCAACUUGCUCAUCAAGUCGGAGAGCAUGAUCAACUUUUUGGUGAAGGAUCGAAGACCUUCCAAGGAUGUGGGAGCUGCAAUCAUGGGGCUUUACUGAAGCCACCAGGCACUCGUAGGCAAGUGAACUGUCCGGAGCUGGUGCUGCGAUGCAGAUCCCCAUGCGUUUGGAGCAGGUGGGGGGACUGGAAAGGAGGGUGGGGGUUCUUUUACUGUGUCUGUGUCCAUGGGAAAGCAAACCUUCUGCACUUCCCAGUGAACAAAUUCUGUUGUCGUGUACAGGGAAAGCUCCUCAGAGUUGUACGAAGCAUAGUAAAUGACCAGCCGCGUGCUGCAUGCAGGAAUGACUUUAAGUUUUGCAUGAAACUUGCAGAAGCAGUGAUAAUGCACAGAUUUGGACUCUUUUCUGCUGUUACCUUGGAUACUGCUACCUGGGAUUUAGGGCUAAAAAAGGGGGGGAAGCACAAACAACUCACUACAACAAGAAAACAAAAAAGUAAAGGGAAAGCAAAAUGUGUGGCAUGGACCACAGCUUUGGCCACGGGGCAGGGGAAGGGAAGUGCCAUGUGGGUCAUACAACAAAGUCUGCAUGCUUACAAAUGUGUCAGUCUGUUUCUGUUUUGGACCUCAAGCAUGGAUCUUCUGGUAGAGUCCUGUGAUGGGGAAAGCAUGUUCUUCCUUAUUUUUCUGAGAAAUCCUGUUAAAUGAACUGGCACUUUCUUCUUUCAGACUACACUGAAGGAAGGAAAAAACCCAGUUAACUAAUAAAAAAAAAGCAUGCUUGGUUUUGUACACAACAACCUUCUUUUCAAGUGCUAUAUUGUUACAGUCCUUGAGGUUUUUGUAGUUUUUUGAAAACUAGUGAAUAUGCAGGAAAAAAAUAACCUGUUUCAAAAGAA